AUGCGACCGCCACGACUCCUCGUCGUUCUCUUCUGCCUAAUCUUCUUUCCCAUAUUCCUCACAAUCCUCUCUGCGCUCUCAUCCGAUGUAGUGAGUCCAGAUACGCUCUCUAGCCAGACGCCCGGGCUGCAUGCCCUCUUCUCUUUCAAUAUUCCGACGUCACUCUUCCCUCCAUCUGCUAUUAUUAGUCUCACAGAUGAUAACUCAACCUUCUUCUUGACCCGCCCUGCGGCAUUUGGAUCUAUGCUGCCAGUGAACGGCAUGAGUGGCCAGCUAUGGGUGGGUAGUGGAUUUGGAGAAGGAGGACUGGCUGCCGGAGCGGAAGGCGAACUGGGAUGCUCCGAUAUACCCGGUUGGGGUGAAGACAAUCCCCGCAAGAAGCCAGAUACAACUGCCCGGGGCACGGAUCCAAAGUCCGGUAAAUCCAGAAGUGGUACAACAAACGACGGAAUUGCGUUACAGAAUUAUGCUCGCUUGCCAUCGCAGCCCGAUGUCGCCUGGCAAAAUGGCCGAAGUGAUGCCAUCGUUUCCCCGUCCUCGAGCGACGGUACCGACGAUCAUCUACACCACCCGCUGUCAGAGUCCAGUAUCUCAGAUGCUAUCACAACUCAAAAAUAUGGAGACUACGUUCAAAAUAAGCAGUCAACGCAUGCUGACAUCCAAUCACUCCAGGAGACAGCCGAGAUCCAGGGUAAGGUUGUGCUACUCAGUCGUGGUGGAUGUGGAUUCCUCGAGAAGGUCAAAUGGGCCCAACGUCGAGGAGCCAUAGCUGUGAUUGUUGGUGAUGAUACUCGUGGCGGCAACUUGGUGACCAUGUAUGCGCGGGGCGACACGUCGAAUGUCACGAUUCCGUCUCUGUUCACCUCGUAUACCACUGCACACCUUCUUUCGUCGUUGAUUCCGGGGCAUUCCGGAGCGAAUUCUGCCCUAGGCGACGCAAUUAAGUCGUCUCAGAGCAAAACUACUGGCACCGAAAAUGUCGACACUCAAAAAGUAACCACGACAACGACUAGCGCGUCCACUGCUACACCCACUCAAACGAGCAAUUAUCAAUCAAAAGAGCGGCCUGUUUCUACUUCGAAGUCGAACAGCGGAUUCUUCCGUAAACUGGGAUCAAUCUUCGGACUCUGCAGUAACAGCGGUUCUUCGAAAAGUUCACAAGAUAGUCGCCGACCUCCCAGUAGUGGAAAUAUUGACUGGAUGACCAACCCUUGGGAUAAAUCCGAUACUCAGAAUGACCAUUCAAAGGGCGCAACAGAUUCUACUGAUCGCAAUAGAGGCAAACUGAAUGACGAUCUGAAAAGCAAAAACGAUGGACUGGUAUCAUCUGAUGAACUUAACGGUGGAGAUGAUUUUGUUAUUGGAGUUCACGAUUGGAGAGAUGCCGAUCUAAUGCUACCCCGAAGCAGUACGUCUACGGUACCAAGCUCCUCAGUUACUGGCAAAGAUAACUCGAAGACCUCCGUUAUCGAGACAGACGUAUCCUCCAACAAUCUACUGCGCGGUGGUAGCAUCACUCCUGGAAGUGGUGAAUACCAAAGUAUUGACAAACAAAAUGGCAAGACCACUGCCACAAAUGUGAAAGUAUCUGGAAACGACCGCCAUUCAAGCAAAGAAGGAUCAGAUUUGCCCGAAAAGGGAUGGUUCGCCAGCCACUUUGGAUGGGGUGAUAAUGACAAGGCAUUGGAUACUCAGCCAUCCUUGUUGCCUUCUCUCCAGAAUAUUGCGACUACCGUCAAAACACAAGAUAAAGUUUCUCCAUCGAGCCCUCCGGUUUCCAAAGUGUCAGAGCAUGAAGGACUCUGGGUUACUUUGACACCUGCCAGCAUGUCUACAAGUCCAUUUUUCGAUACCCUACUGGUGCUUGUUAUUAGCCCUCUUUUGACACUCACGGUAGUUUAUGCACUUCUACUGCUUCGCUCCCGCAUUAGACGUCGGCGAUGGCGUGCUCCAAAGUCUGUCAUCGAGCGACUCCCAGUUCGAACAUAUCACACACUCUCCACCAGUUCCUCAUCCUCUAGUCUCGGGACCUCCAACCCUGGUCCUGUAUCACAAACGUCUCCACUUCUUGGAAAUGAAAUCCGGCCAAACACUGCCCGACCAGCUCGGUCCCGGUCACAAACCAUAUCUGGGGUCGUAUCAACACCAAGGGAGAAGCUAGCAAAAGUGCAGUCGGGUUCGAUUCUAUGGAGACGUAAAUACACUGGAAGACAAGUCGAGUGUGUUGUUUGUCUCGAGGAAUAUGUCGACGGGCAAAGCCAAGUUAUGAGCCUCCCUUGUGGUCACGAAUUUCAUGCAGAGUGCAUUACUCCUUGGCUGACAACCCGCCGAAGAACGUGUCCGAUUUGCAAAGGUGACGUCGUUCGAUCCAUGACACAGCCCCAGGGCGAUGAUAUGAGUUCUCGCCAAGAGACCGAAAACUACCGCCCUGAGCUGGACUCAAAUGAUGAUACGUCAGUGCCCUUCUUAAUUACAGUAGUAAAUGAAGAUCAUACAGACACUGAGCAGAAUGCUGGCCUUGAUUUGCGUGCGAGUUCGGCUCCACAAUCAAACUGGAGGAAUCUGGCCUCUCUCAGUUUCUCCGCCCUCAACGGCGACAUGAUCUGGCACCAGGCUCGUGCAGAUCGCAACCGCUAA